AUGAAAGGUGGAAGUAGUAGUAGUAGAGAAGAUUCAAAAUCGAACCCCAAAACCCAAAUUGAAUUCGAAGAGGAGGAGGAAGACGAAAUCGAGACAGAAGAAAAUAGUAAAGCUCAAGGUACAACAAGAUCCAGCUCUAGUAACAGUACUGUUGAAGAGAACGGUAAAAAAACUAAUUCAGCAAGUGUACGGCAAUAUGUCCGUUCCAAAACACCGAGGCUACGGUGGACGCCUGAGCUCCAUCUUCGCUUUGUUCAUGCUGUUGAAAGAUUAGGUGGCCAAGAUAGAGCUACACCAAAAUUGGUUCUUCAAUUUAUGAACAUUAAAGGCCUUAGCAUAGCACAUGUCAAGAGCCAUCUACAGAUGUAUAGAAGCAAGAAAACUGAUGACCCAAAUCAAACCGUUUCUACAGACGGAAGAUUUCUACUUGAGAAUGGAGAUCAUCAUAUUUUCAAUCUUACACAACUUCCUAGGCUACAAGGGUUUAAUCAAACUUCGAGUUCGAGCUUGAGGUACGAUAAUGCUUUGUGGAAUCGUCAAGCUAAUUCGUUGUACAACACUUAUAACAUGAAUAUUGGGGUUGGCUCUAGUAUUAGUACAAGGCAUGGUUUUGCAAGGCACAUCAAUGGUCACUCAUCACAUGAACACUUGUUUUCAUGGAAUAAAAACAUUGAAAUUGAGAAAAACCAAAAUCGUCAUAAUCAAAGAUUUUGGCCGCCAACUCAAAUUGGAACAAGCUCAGCAAAACAAAAUCUCCUAAUGACAUAUAGAGAUAAAGAUGAGAUAGUCAAACAAUUCAACAGGAGAUCAUCAGAACAAGAAAUGAUGACACAAAUGCGGACUAAAGAGAAUAAUUCUCUUUCCUCAAGGGGAAAAUGGUGGAUGAGAGAAGAAGUUGUAGGAACGACAACAAACACAUCCUCAUCAAAUAAAAGAAAGAUUCAAGAUUCAGAAAUCGAUCUCGAUUUGAACCUUUCAUUGAAAACAACAAGUGAGUAUCAUCAAAAAAGAUUGAAAGGUGAACAAGUUGGGGAUCUUCUUUCCCUUUCUUUGUUCUCAUCAAAUACUACUACUACAACUACUUCAGAGGAAAAUAAUGCAAAAAAGGCAAGUACCCUAGAUCUGACUUUGUGAAUGAAGACAAUAUUAAUUCUAAGUGAGAUUUUGAGGUACUUGUUUCAUUAUGAUCUUUAAUUUGUCCUAUGUAUAUUACUUGUCUUGUUGUUAUUCACAAUUUGUACGCAUAUAAUAUCAUUGAGGAAACCUAGGUAACAAUUAAUUAGUUUUA